AUGGGCUCCUUCGAUGUUGCUACAGCUAGGGACAAGUUCCCGGCCUUACAACAGAAGCAGGUCUUUUUGGACAAUGCUGGAGGAAGUCAGACCCUUGGGACGGUCAUAGACGCCAUUUGCAACUACCUCUCAAAGACCAAUGUCCAACUGGGAGCGUCCUACGCCGUUGGCAAGAAAUCCAACGCCCUUUAUAGAGAUGGAUAUCCUGCUAAUGAUCAAAAAAAAAAAAAAGUCCUCGGAGCUUCUACGACAUCACUCUUCCGCACCCUCUCCUUCUCCCUCAACUUCCCCGCCGGCUCCGAGAUCAUCAUCUCCAAGGUCGACCACGAAGCGAACAUCGCCUCCUGGGUGGACAUAGCCGCUCGGCAAAACCUCACCGUGAAAUGGUGGAUCCCAAAGACCACCACGAAUCCCAAGCUGGAGGCCUCUGACCUCAAGGACCUGCUCUCGGAAAAGACCGUGAUGGUCACGUGUACACACGCCUCCAACAUUCUGGGAACGAUCCACGACAUCGCCGCCAUUGCCGCGGCAGUACACGCCAUCCCGGGGGCUUUGCUGUGCGUUGACGCGGUCGCCUAUGCUCCUCACAGGCAGAUCGAUGUCCAGGCUCUGGGGGUGGACUUUUACUGCUUCAGUUGGUACAAGGUGUACGGGCCUCACAUCUCCAUGCUCUACGCAUCCGAGGCUGGGUUGAAAGCUGUCAAGUCCCUCGGUCAUCACUUCAACCCAUCCAGCACCCUCCAAGAAAAGCUCGCUCUUGCGGGCUCUUGCUACGAACUCACGGCCUCUGUCCCGGCGGUUUUGGAGUACUUUGGACCUGAGCCUGCAGAGUCGUGGGCAAAGAUCGAGAAGCAUGAAGAGCUGCUGCAGGGUACGCUACUGGAAUACUUGAACUCGCGGUCAGACGUGACGGUCAUGGGAGAGAAAGACAAGGAUACCAAGAAGCGGGUCAGCACGAUUUCUUUCGUCGUCACGGGGAAGAAGAGUAGGGAUGUUGUCGAAGCUGUCGAUGCCCUGACAAAUGGAGAAGUGGGGAUAAGAUGGGGUACUUUCUACAGUGUGAGAUUGGCGGAUGAGAUCCUGGGGCUGCCGCAGGAUGAUGGGGUCGUGAGAGUGUCAAUGGUGCACUACAAUACCGUGGAUGAGGUUAAGCAGGUAAUCGGUGUGCUUGAUCAGGUUCUCGGCAAGGCGUAG